AUGGGCGGCCUGCUGAGCGGCGUCAGCUUCAAGGAGCCCACCACGGUGGAGGACUGCGACUCCACCUGGGAGACCGACUCCGAGCCCGAGGCGCCGCGGCCCGACGGCCCCGAGGCGGCCGAGCCGCUGCCCGCCGCCGCGGAGGAGACUCCCCCGCCGCCGCCGCAGGACGAGGGGGAGCGGGCGGAGCAGGACGGCGCCGGCCCCGAGCAGAGUGGUGAUGCAACUGAGCUCACAGCCAAGCCAAAGAGAAGCUUCUAUGCAGCGAGAGAUCUCUACAAGUACCGACACCAGUACCCACAGAACUUUAAAGAUCUUCGAUAUCAAAAUGACCUGUGUAAUCUCCGGUUUUACAAAAAUAAAAUCCCCUUUAAACCUGAUGGGGUUUAUAUUGAAGAAGUCCUAAACAAGUGGAAAGGAGACUAUGAAAAACUGGAACAUAACCACACUUACAUACAGUGGCUUUUCCCUCUGCGGGAGCAAGGUCUCAACUUCUAUGCUAAGGAACUAACUACGUAUGAAAUUGAGGAAUUCAAGAAGACAAAAGAAGCAAUUAGGAGAUUUGUUUUGGCUUACAAAAUGAUGCUGGAGUUUUUCGGGAUAAAGCUAGUUGAUAAAACUGGAAAUGUAGCACGAGCUGCAAACUGGCAAGAAAGAUUCCAACAUUUGAAUGAAUCUCAGCACAAUUACUUGAGGAUCACUCGAAUUCUCAAAAGCCUUGGUGAACUUGGAUACGAGAGCUUCAAAUCCCCCUUGGUAAAAUUUAUUCUUCACGAAGCUCUUGUGGAAGAUACCAUCCCAAAUAUUAAGCAAAGUGCUCUGGAAUAUUUUGUGUACACUAUUAGAGACCGAAGAGAAAGGAGGAAGCUCCUGAGAUUUGCCCAGCAACAUUAUACACCUUCUGAGCAUUUUAUCUGGGGACCACCAAGGAAACAGAAGUCAGAAGGAGGCAAAGCAAAUAAAAAGCCAGCAUCUCCUGCUGCUGUUCACAACAGUUGCAUUUCCAAGCAUAAAAAACCGAAAGAUUCUAAGAAUAUAUCCACRAGUGGAAGCUCAGCUAGUAAAGCAGUUGAAGAAAAGAAGGUAGAACCCACAAAAAAUGGGGAAGGAAAUGAGCAGGAUGAACAAGAAGUGAACUGUGAUGCUGUUAGGCAGAACAGCAGUGAAAAGAGCAGUGAUGCUGAUACGACUCAGCAUUCAACAUCAGAAGAAAUUCCUGAUACGUCAGACAAAAAGGAGGACACUUCUUAUUCCGGAAAAGAUGAUGGAAAUCAGAACAAUGACUGUGGAGGUCCUCCAGGUACUACAGAUAAGUCCUUAUGUGACAGCGAGGAUUGUUUGAAUAAUGUGUCAGCAGAUCCACAAGACAGCCUUGAUAAGGACACGCUUUCAGGGGAGAGCGACACACAAAACAAAGAUGAGAUAAAGUCAUGAAUCUGCAGUUAAAACCUGUUGUUUUGUUUUGAGUGAAGCGAAUUAUUCACUGCUCCUUCAUUUUGGGUGACACUUCCAUCYGGCGUAUAAAAGUUCAGGAGACCUUGUUGCAUAUGAAUGCAUCUCUUAAAUUUGUAUUUUUUUUUAACCUCCACUUAUCAGAUGUAAAACAGGUAUGAGUAUUUCAAACAGUUGUGUAAGUUCAAAGCUUAGAAUCCAUUAUAUUUUCCA